CAUCUAUCGUCGCGUGCGCACGCUACUCGUGUUUUGUAACGUUAAUCGCAUAGUUUCGGCGUUUUUUACUUGUGAUACAUUUUUAUGAUUUCACAAAUACUAUGAACUCAACAUAACACCAUGACAGAAAAAUCAGCAAUCCGCUUCGAAGAAGCGGAACGGAAGAAAACAGCCAUUCUUGCCUCGAUAGGAGCUGCUGGUGUGCUCCUGACAUGGCUCGUCAGAGGGUCGAGCCUCCUAAUGACUUCUGUGGCCCUGGUAUCCGCGUAUCUGAUGACCGGGGAUAGAUACCAAUGGGUGUACAUUUGGAAGAAGACGUUUUACAGGGACAUGUUAGGUCUCCGCGUACUCCUGAUCACCAUGUUUAAGAUCUGGAUGUGGGAGAAGAAGGGAAUGACCGUGGUGACCCGCUGGGCCGAGGUGGCACAACAGGCGCCUGACAAGAAAGCGUUCGUCAUGGGCGAUCGUCAUCUGACAUUUAGACAGGGCGAGGAAUUCAGCAACCGCAUCGCCUGGUACUUCAAACGCCAGGGUUUCAAGAGGGGCGAGGUCAUCGCUCUCUUCAUGGAGACCCAGCCAGAAUACGUGUUCAUCUGGCUAGGCCUGGCCAAGCUGCGUGUGACCACGGCUCUGGUCAACACGAAUCUUAGAGGCGCUCAGCUGACACAUUGCCUGAAGAUUGCUGGAUGUAAGGCGCUGGUGUUUGGAGAUGAGUUGUCGGAUGCCGUGAAAGAAAUCAGGAGUGAAAUCCACGACAUACCUCUCUUUCAAUUCAACUCUCCUGACCAUCCAGCACCAUCUCCCAUUCUUCAAGAUGCGUCACCACUAGCCUCAGAACUGACUGAGAUGAGCUCAGCACCUUUUACUGAAGCUGGUGUUGACAGCCCGCGGGACACGCUCAUGUAUAUUUAUACUAGUGGGACCACUGGCUUCCCUAAGGCUGCUGUCAUCACGAAUAUCAGAUACCUCCUAAUCCCACUAGGAGUCCACACAUCAGCUCGUCUGUCCUCAUCCGACGUGGUAUACGAUCCUCUGCCGCUCCACCACACGGCUGGCGGGGUGCUUGGAGCAGGUCAAGCUCUGGUGCUGGGCAGCACCGUGGUACUUCGGAAGAAGUUCUCCGCUUCCAACUAUUGGAGCGAUGUCGCGAAAUAUGGAUGCACUGCAGCUCAAUACAUCGGUGAGAUAUGCCGCUACCUCCUAGCGGUGCCACCUUCACCCAGCGACCAAGCGCACCGCGUACGCGUGAUAAUGGGCAAUGGACUAAGGCCGCAGAUCUGGCAGGAGUUUGUAGAGCGAUUCGGUGUUGAGAGGGUCAUGGAGUUCUAUGGGGCGACAGAGGGGAACAGCAAUUUGAUCAACUUGGAUUCUAAAGUGGGAGCCAUUGGAUUUUUGAGUCGACUUGUAUCAUCAAUUUAUCCUCUAACUCUAGUCAAAUGCGACGAAAUUACUGGUGAAAUUUUAAGGAACAGUGACGGCAGAUGUAUAAGUUGCGGACCUCAUGAACCUGGUCUAUUACUCGGCAAGAUAGACGCUAAAAAGGCUAUCCUCACAUUCGCGGGCUACGCUGACAAGACUGCUUCGGACAAGAAGAUGGUCCGCAAUGUGAAGAAAGAAGGAGACUGCUAUUUCAACACUGGAGACAUACUGGUUAUGGACCACUUCGGCUAUUUCUACUUUAAGGAUCGGACUGGAGAUACUUUCAGAUGGAGAGGUGAAAAUGUGUCAACAGCUGAAGUGGAAGGAGUCAUAAGCACGCUCGUCGGGCUCAAGGACGCUAUCGUCUAUGGAGUCUCUAUCCCACACGUAGAAGGUAAAGCAGGUAUGGCGGCCAUCGCUGACCCGGAGAAGAAACUCGACAUCCCCUACCUCACCAAAGGUCUACGGUCUUCACUCCCUGCCUACGCUAGACCGCUGUUCCUCAGGGUCUUACCCGAACCUCCCCUAACUGCUACAUUCAAGCUGCGUAAAAAAGAUUUAAUAGAACAAGGCUACACUUUAGGUCUUCAUGAAGACCCCAUGUAUUUCUUAGAUCAGAAGACCGGGGAAUAUGUUCCUCUGACGAGGAAGCUGUAUGAUGAUAUAGUUAAAGGUGUCAUAAGACUGUGAUUCUUGCCAUUUUGCGGGUUAACUCUUACUCCUAUUUAGUUUCUAAAUUGUUUUUAAGUAGUAGAUGAAUGAGGGCUCUUGCACAAAAAAGACAACCAAAUAAACAGACUGAUCUACUUUAUCUGUAAUCUAUAGCAAACUAUCUUCAGAAGCUUCAAUCGAGAGUGCUGAGUGAAAAAGAUAUUUUACAAGGAGGUUAUAUUUUUCUCAAUUUAUGAAGAAUAAAAAAUCUUUGCAAUUUAGAUUUGGAGAAAAGAAUCUCUAGAACAAUUGAAUCUGAAUGAAUCUGGUUUUCUGAUGGGUUUUGCAUGAUGAGCAAAAAAUUAUAUUUUCAUACCAAGCGACAUGGCAGAAAGGUUUAUGAGGUUAAAGAUUUCUUUAGAGAUAAACAGCAUUUAAAAAGUGACGCUCCGUGUCAGAAGAGUCUUUCUGCUACAUGAGUUAUAAAAAUUGACCUUUUCACCAGAAUUUACAUUGUAUUUUUGAUGAAAUUACUUUACUUUAAUGCAGAAGGACCCUUCUCUUGAGGAAAGCCACAAAAAUAUAUUGAGGAGGAGCAUCUGUUACAAGUGGACCAAUCAUUUUAGCAAUUUAAUUUUGUGAAUACAUUUUGUGAUAAAAAUGUGAUAAUUUAUACCAAAAUUUACUGCCCUGAAACAGAUCAGCCAUUUUAUUAUAUCUAAAAAUUUAUGAAUACUUAUAGGUAUAGAUUUAUUAAAAUAAAUGUAUAUGAAGGA